AUGGGGGAGUGGAGCUUCCUGGGCGACUUCCUCGAGAAGGUGCACAAGCACUCCACGGUGGUGGGGAAGGUCUGGCUGACCGUGCUCUUCAUCUUCCGCAUGCUGGUGCUGGGGACGGCGGCCGAGUCCUCGUGGGGGGACGAGCAGUCCGACUUCAUGUGCGACACGCAGCAGCCCGGCUGCGAGAACGUCUGCUACGACAAGGCCUUCCCCAUCUCCCACGUGCGCUUCUGGGUCCUGCAGAUCAUCUUCGUCUCCACGCCGUCCCUGGUGUACAUGGGCCACGCCAUGCACACGGUGCGCAUGGAGGAGAAGAGGAAGAUGAAGGAGGCAGAAAUUGAGGCCCGAGAGAAUAAAAAUGGUGGUGACACCUACUACCAGCAGAAGUGCUCCGUGGCAGAGAAGGAGACUAAGCUGUCUGGCUGGGAUGAAGCAGGAGGCCAAAUCAUACUGAGGGGCAGCCUGCUGAACACCUACGUGUACAGCAUUUUGAUCCGGACCGCCAUGGAGGUGGCCUUCAUCGUGGGGCAGUACGUGCUGUACGGGAUCUUCCUGGAGACCCUGUACAUCUGCCAGCGGGCACCGUGCCCCCACCCUGUCAACUGCUACGUGUCCCGCCCCACGGAGAAAAACGUCUUCAUCGUCUUCAUGCUGGCCGUGGCAGUGCUCUCCCUCUUCCUCAGCCUGGCCGAGCUCUACCACCUGGGCUGGAAGAAAGCCAAGGAAAGGUGCUCCAGGUCGUACAAAGCCAGCCCCAGCACGGCCCCAGGCAGGCUGGAGUCUGCCCCGCAGGCGGACAGGCCACAGAUGUACACCCCGCCCCCGGAUUUUAACCAGUGCCUGUCCAGUCCCAACGGGAAGUUCAUCAGCCCCUUCAGCAACAAGAUGGCCUCCCAGCAGAACACCGCCAACUUCGCCACCGAGAGGGUCCACGGCCAGGAGGAUGCUGCUGGGGAAGGGCCCUUCAUCAAGGCCAGCUACGUGGAGAGUCCGGAGGUGGCCAGUGAAUGUGCAGCCCCUGCCUUCCCCGAGAGCUACUUCAACGAGAAACGCCGGCUCAGCAAGGCCAGCCGUGCCAGCAGCAAGGCGAGGUCGGAUGAUUUGUCUGUGUGA